UAGAUAGAUAAUAGACUCGGAUCUCUUGAUUUAUUGUUUGCGUUUGCAGAGCCGAGUCGCUACAAACCGCAUAUUAACUAACUUGAAAGUAGUUUGCAUCCACUGCACAGAGAUUUAGAGGAAACUUUACCAGUUGCUGGUUAUUUUCUUCAUUUUGGAUUGAUUCACAGGUCUAUAAUGGAUCUGGUGUGGCUUUUACACAUUGCAGCGAGUAUCUGCGCUGUGUUCGCCUCAGCUGAGAGACACACUGUUUUCUGGAAUAGUACCAACUCUAAGUUCAGAUGGGAUGACUAUGCGGUUGAGGUACGCCUCAAUGACUACCUGGAUAUCGUCUGCCCUCACUAUCCACUAGGCGAAGUGCCAUCCCAGGACGCAGAGCGAUACGUGCUCUACAUGGUGGAACGUGAAGACUACGACACCUGUCGACCACAAUCCUAUGACCAAAUGCGUUGGGAAUGUGGCCACCCUUUCGCUCCUCAUGCUCCCGAAAAGUUCUCUGAGAAGUUCCAGCGCUUCACACCAUUCACCCUGGGAAAGGAGUUUCGACAGGGCGAGAGCUACUACUACAUCUCCAAACCACUGCACCAUCACGGACAGGAAUGCCUGAGACUCAGAGUGGACGUUAUUGCCAAUGAUGGUUCUCAAGAAGCAAGGGUUGGGACAGGAACUAAAGUGGGUACUGGGGGAGGAGCUCACACACCAUCUAAUCGGUUACCAGCAGAUGAUCCUGUUGUGGCUCUUCCCGAAGUGCAGAAAAGCACGCGGACGAACUCUGCCAUUUCAUUAGCAUCCUGGACUGUUCUUACAACAUUACUCCCUCUUUUAUUAUUGCUGCUCUUACAGUAGGAUUGGAACAUUGGACUUAUAAGACUGUAAGGACAUUGGCCUGUGUUGAAGAGCACAGCGGUAGCUCUUUGCCUCCCGGUGCUGGUCAUCGGGAGAAGCGAACAAGAAGUUGAAUCUCACGCCGCCGGCACCGGUGCUGAAUUGAAAAACUGGAAUGAAGAGAGCUUUGAACUUUCGGACACUUCUAAUGAAACAAAAACGAGACGUCAGUAUUUUUCUGGAAAUUUUGUCCACGCAAAAGGAGUUUUUUCUUCCUUUUACAUGUUUUUUAAUAUAUAUAAGCAUCCGACUACACACAACCUGGAUAAGAACGAACUCAAACCAACAGUGAUGAGGAAUUUGAAUUAGCAUGUACUUCAAAUAUGGACAGCCUCUCAAAAUGAAGGGACACAAGCCAAGAAUGAGCCAAAGAGCUUCUCACAGAGAAGUCCAACACUCCAAUUUUUCAUUCUUUUCUCAUGUUUCCUCAAAAUAACUGAGUUUCGUUUUUACAUAUUAAUUUAUGUAGCAUCUAAUCAAUGGAUCUUAUUCUCACUUUCUGUUGAUUUUACAUGACUGUGUGCUGUACCUCGAUUUAACCCUGGAAAUACAGCACAGAACACACACUCACCCAAUUUCCACUGAAACGGUGCUGAUUCAGAUUUGGCAGCAUAUUGGAGGAAAACAAGGGUCAUCCGAUACUGUUUACCAAACCCACUGACACACUUCCUUUCAGAAAUGCUGUGUUGUUUUUGUACAUGCAUUGUUUAAAGAAUUAGUAAGUUAUUAGAUUUACUGCAGAACAAAAUACUGUAUAUAUAGUGAGCAACAAAGUUUACCGUGUGUGUAUGUGUGUGUGUUUGAAAGAGAGAGAGAGAGUCUGCAGAUGAAAGACAAGAGGAAAAGCUCAAGAGCGUGUGUGUUAGCAGAGGAACUGUGAUGGUCUGACCUGAGAUCAGCAUUUAAACUGCCAAGCACAAUCAUUGAGAAGCACACAAUCACAAUAUAAAACACUAGAGGACAACUGGAAGGCAACAUGAGGGAUUUGUUGUAACACAGGCUCAUUGUGAAAACGUACCCCUGUAUACAUUUCUGGAGAGCGGGGUGGUAUUGGGUGGUAUGACGGUGCUGAUGGCUUCUGUUUCUCUUCGUGCUACCAGCUGACCACUUACCUCCAUUGUUACUCGAUUGCCCAGGGGCUUGGCGUGUACGUCGGCAGACUUCAGAAGCAGAGAGGAAUUGACCGCAAUGACAGGAUUCGAGUCCGGUGAAAAACCAUUCCAGAAAGCAGAUCAUACUAAAACAAAAGACAAAACAUAAAAUAAACAAGUAAAUAACAGGGUGAGAACGUGGUAAGAAAUGUGGGAAAAAUCAGGUGGCCAUGAGGGCUUUUCUUUUUCUGGGUUGCUUUUGAAAAGCAACCCAUCGGUUGGAUUUAGGAAAGGGGGUGAUCAGGUCAAUCAGUGCUUUUAAAAACACUAUCAGUUGGGUAUAGGGAAGGGGGUGGGUGGUGGUUAUCGAUAGGUCGGUCAGUCGACAGCGGCCUCUGGUGGAUUUACAAGAGAACAGCAGGCACAAAUGGCACUCGCCAGACAAAUUUGAGAUCUGAAAAAGCCUAAACAGCGACCUCUGGUGGAUUAGCAAAAGCAAAAACUGCAAAAAAGCGAAGCUCGUGGAACGAAUUUCAUGAUCUCCCUGAAAUUUUUAUAGUGGUACGUAUCAAUAAUGAGCCUGGGUUGGAUUUAUUCCUACAUUUGCGUUUAUCUAAUGUGUUCUCUGGGCAGAAGGAAAAAGUCAAUUGAACACGUAUGACAAUUUCCUUUAUUCAAUAUGAGCACAGAAAACUCCUAUAAGGUAAAUCAAGAAAAUAAUCAUCUAAUUUGUUUUGGUACCUGGGCAAAUAAUUUGAGCUUUUGUUAUAAUUUAUGACUGGAAUAUAUUUCUAAAAUGAAUAUUGAUUUAAUCUCCAGUAUCUAAAUUGCUAUUGCGUUAAUUGCAUUGCAUUUUAAAAGCAGACCACAUAAAAUAGGCAACUAAGAUAUUCGAGACUGAAUAAACAUUUUUAUUUUAUGUAAUAUUUAAUGAAAAUGACAAAAUCCAGUCAUUGGCAGAAUCUGAAAAUAGAUAUAUCAGUCUGAUCUCAUAAGAAAUCAUAAGUAUUUUACGUUUUGUCAGUUUAGUUGCAAAUCUAAACAGUUAGAAUUCGUACGAGUUCAGUCUUACAAAAAUUUAAAAUUUUAAAAAGGAGGCGUGGCACCCAACCCCACCCCUAAAUCCAACUGUCAUUGGGUGAUGAGUAAAUCAUAUUAAAUUGUAGGAAUGAAAUCGUACGAAUUGAUACGAAUUAACCACUAAAUCAAAAAGUUACGAAUUGCCAUGAGAUAGCAUUGGAUAUACAGUAUAUAUACUCAAAAAGCCCAAAUGCUGAUCAUUUCGGUUUGUCACAUCAACAUAAGUACCUAUUUUGCUAUAUAUAUAUAUCACUUGGAUCGGCUAUUAUGGGGAAACUGGAGCAGAUUUACACUUUGAGAAAGAAACACAUAUUUAUAACGCUAAUCAGCUAAAGCACUAUGAACAAAACUCCACAAACACUGAUUCUGACAUGAUGUAGCGGUUUAAGCUCAACUCGUGGCAGUUGUUUGUACGCACGUCAUGCUUUUGCCAAGUACGAUGCGAUCCUGGAUUAAUAUGUUGAUCCUGGAACAUCAUUUUUGAUCAAAAAUGUAAUACACACCAAUUCCCUACCCCUAAACCCAACCAUAGCUGUACAUUAUUCCCAAAAUCAGAGGGGAAUAACACUUGGAUAACAAUCAUGUAGUGCAUAACCCUACCUGUAAGUUUAAACUUAACAUGAUUGGUAAACGUAUCCCUUAAUUCUGAUUGGAAUGUUGUUACAAGAUCAACAUAGAUGUUAAUUCAGCAACAUGUCCUACUUGGUGAAAUCAUGUUGGCGUGUUCGCACGACUGACGCAGCUCUUUACGACUAACGUUAGUUCACUCCAACUUCUGUUCUUUUUGUUUUUGAUUUUUGUUCUUUUAUUUUGUACAUGUAUUGUGUAAAUUGUAUAAUAUGUAUAUAAAGAGUAUUAUAUAAAAAAGAGACCUUUGAUAAUAAAAAAGUAAAUAAAAAAACAAACAGUUAAUGUGAAGAUUCUUAUGUGAAAAUAAAAGAUAUUUUUGGAAAA